GUCGGCGACGGAGGAGGCGGGUGUUGGCCGGGGGGUGAGACGAGAGACCAAUGUGCCAUAGAUCAGUAGGCCCGGGGACAGGAGUAGGCGAGCGCGCACGCAUCCGUCGCGUGUCCGCGCCAACGCAAAUCCGGCUCAAAAAUGAGCCGGGAAUGGGUCGCUCGCGGACGAAAAACGGACGCGUGUCCAUUUGGGUCGACGCGUCGGGCCGUCUUUUGUGUCCGCGCCGACCCAAACGGACGGCCGCGAACGAAAUAUGUCGCCUAGAGUUGCUCUUGCAGUUGAAAAUUGCGAAGCAACUCCUGGAAUUUUGUGGAGAUGGUGAAAUUCCGAACAGGCUCUAGGUGUCAACGUUUUUGUCUCUGCUGUCACGCAUGUACGUAUAUAUGCAUGUAACUGUCAAUUGGACUAAGUGUUGACUGGAGUGAGCAAGCUGUUGACUGAGAAUCUGUAUGUGUAUAUAUUAUGUGCUCGUCACUCCAGUACCAUCCGUCGUCUCCAAACCUUCUCAGGUGAACCUCAAUCAAUCAUGUUGCGCCCCACACCACCUAUGCAGCUGGCAAUGGCUCUGCUCUGCCUCCUGAGCAUCUCCGGCGAGCUUUUGACGCCCCUGUGUGAGGGGUGUGUGCAGGCCGAUAAGAGAGCGCUUCUGGACAUCUACAGCCAGCUCUCCACGCUGCCGCACAUCGACUGGGACAGGUCGGACUGGGGCUGGGGUGACGGUGACGGACAUUGCUGCCAGUGGGAGGGGGUGACCUGCAGCAACUCCCGCCCCGCCCGUGUGACAGGCCUCGAUCUUGGUGCAAACGUUCCUUCCCCGUGGCUCCUCAACGCUACUAUGUUCCUUCCCUUCCAAGAACUGCAGACCCUGUCCCUGUAUCUAAAUAUAAAGGGAUGCAUACCUGGUGCAGGUUUUGAUGUGUGGUCAAAAUUGCGAAAAUUAAGAAGCCUUGAUCUAUUUGGAAAUAACUUAAGUGACUACAGCAUCCCAUCCUUAGUUGCAGUUUCGUCACUACGGCGCCUGUCCAUCAGUUUUAAUAACUUGACCUCCCCUGUGUCGAUCCAACAUUUGAGUACAAUGAAGCUGGAUACUCUUGAUCUAAGCGGUAAUGCAUUCAACGGCACCUUACCAACAGGUAUUUGCGACAUGCAAAAUCUUGAAGAAUUAUAUCUUGGUGGAAGUACGUUGUUUGGAGAGCUUCCAUCGUGCAUAGGGAAUCUUACUUCUCUCAGAAUCCUGGAUCUGUCGAAUAAUCUAUUUACGAUAAAGUUUCCCUCUCUUAGCUUUGCCCAUUUGACUUCAUUGGUGGAACUUUCCCUAUCCAAUAACAAUCUUGAAGGAGUUCUCUUCCUAGGUUCCUUGUCAAACAGUAGCCAAUUGACACAUCUGGAUCUUUCAAGCAGUGGUAACCAUUUUCAAGUGGAAACUGUGACUCCAACAAUUAGCCUGUCAGCUCAGCUCCAGGUUAUGGUACUGCCAAACUGUAACCUUAAUGGCAAUUCUGCCGUUAUAUUAAGUUUCUUAUCGCAUCAACAUGCAUUAGAAGCUGUUGAUAUAUCUAAUAAUAACCUAAGCGGCCACUUCCCUUCAUGGUUGAUAGAGAAAAAUGUGAACCUGUCACAUCUAAAUCUGCAAGGCAACUCCUUUAGUGGAAGUCUUCUUCUUCCAUCCAAAGUACACAACAGUCUGUACUGGCUUGAUGCAUCUCAUAAUAGACUAAGCAAAUUACCUACGGGCAUCAACAUCACAUUCCCAAAUCUGUACUAUGUAAACCUGUCUAGGAAUUCCUUCCAGGGCAUCUUUCCUUCGGGGCUUCACUAUAUAGACAGCCUGACAUUUUUGGACUUGUCUAACAACAAUUUCUCCGAUAACAUAGUGUCUGCCUUUAAUGGAAGCAAGUCCAAUAUCCGUUCUUUGUUCCUGUCUGGCAACAAUUUCUAUGGUUCAUUCCCUCAAGGCAUACUAUUAGGUUCCACCUACCAUCUACUACUCAACGAUAACCAAAUCACCGGGGAAAUCCCCGAUAAUAUAUGUCUUGGUCAGCAACUUACUUUGCUUGAUGUUAGCAGUAACAAGUUGACUGGCUCUCUCCCUACUUGCAUACAUGCACUCGAAAAUAUUGCCAUCUUGAAUCUAAGAGGCAAUUCAUUGGGUGGAUCGAUUCCGCUGAAAUUAUGCCACCUUAAAAAUCUUGUGUUCCUCGAUAUGUCAAAAAACAACCUUUCCGGUCCAGUGCAAUGCUUACCCAGUUUGCAGUAUCUUCACCUGAGUGAAAAUCGACUAAAUGGAACGUUCCCUUUCCCGUUGUCCUCGGGAACUGAUACAUACACAAUGGAUCUACGGCAGAACCAAUUCAGUGGAAUCCUUCCAGAAUUGAUGCACAAGUCCUUUCCAAAGCUAAAAAUAUUGUUGCUCGAAGGAAAUAUGUUUGAAGGACUGAUUCCAAAUGAUAUAUGUCACUUAAGGUAUUUGCGUCUACUAGAUCUGUCUCAUAAUAAGCUCUCUGGACAGCUACCUUCAUGCCUGAGCAAUAUGGGGUUUGAUGGUGAUUUGUAUAACUUCCUAUACAAUGACUCAGAUACUUCAGUAGUAAUGAAUCACACCAAUGGCUAUGAUAUUGGGAGCGUAGUAGGUACUUCUCCCGUGCCUGAAUUUUUCAUAGGACCAGACCAAGAAGAAUUCAUGACCAAGAGCAGGCAAGACAAAUACAAGGGAAACAUCCUCAGUUACAUGUCUGGACUUGACUUCUCUUCAAACCAGUUGGAAGGAUACAUUCCUAAAAGUAUAGGUGACAUGAAAUGGUUACGGGCACUGAAUUUUUCCAACAACUGCUUUCAUGGACCAAUACCAGAUUCUUUGUCACAUUUAAGUAAUCUCGAGAGCUUGGAUCUGUCGCACAACAACUUGACAGGUCAAAUACCACAAGAGUUGGUAGAACUACAUUCUUUGGAGGUAUUCACUGUGGCGUACAAUAACUUGUCCGGCCCUACAUUGGGUAGAAACGGCCAAUUCAUCACAUUUGAUGAGAGCAGCUAUGCAGGCAAUCCAUAUCUCUGCGGACCACCACUGCUGAAGAGUUGCUUUGAUGCACCGUCGAUUCCUCAGCCUGAAGAACAUGAAGAUGAUAGUAAACUUGCCAAUCUGGCACUAUUCAGUUUUUCAGUAUUGUGCUACCUGAUUGGUUUCUGGACCUCCUUGGUUGUGCUUUAUUUCAAGAGAAGCUGGCGCUGGUCAUGGUUUUCAGCAGUGGACAGGCUUGGUGACAUUCUGAUGGUUAGGUCAGCUUUAUGCAUGAGAAGGUUUAACCGCACCGACUGACCCUUCUUGAGUGUCGUGGAA